UCCAAUGCGGGAAACAUUUACUCUAGACACAACACAAAGUUCAUGACUUUCUUCACCUGAAACUACUGAACCUAUAUGUUUUUGUACUUUUACUGCCAAAAUGUUUGCAAAAAAUCAAAUAUUCGCAAAUCCAAGAAAUUCUUCAUUGUGGAAAUUACUGCAACUUUCACAAGGCAACAAACCACAUCAACACCAACGACGUUGUGCAGUCAACAAUUUGUCCCCCGUUCGGACUUUCUCCACCGAAUACAGUUCCUCGCUUGCCGACUCCUUUUACAACGAAGAGCAGAAGAAGUUACAGACCACGGUGUCAAAAAUUGUGGAGACCGAGAUUUUACCACAUGUGGAAAAAUGGGAGAAUGCGGAAGAAUUUCCGUCUCAUUUUAUUAUUAAAAAGUUUGGCAACGCAUCACUUCUCGGAAUUCGAUUCGAUACUGAUUACGGUGGAUUAGGUUUCGACUACAAGUAUCAUGCAGCAUAUUUAGAAGAACUUGGUAGCAUACCUGCGGCAGGAAUUUGUGCCGGGAUAACUGCGCAUACCGAAAUUACAUUGCCAGCACUUGCAAGAUUCGGGAGUGCGGAAUUGAAAAGUGAAUUUCUUUCCCCAUCCAUAGCUGGAGAUGUUGUGGCCUGUUUAGGGGUGUCAGAACCGCAGGCUGGUUCGGAUGUUGCCAACAUAAAAACAAGUGCCGUGCGGACGGGAGAUGAUUUAAUAAUCAACGGGCAAAAGACUUGGAUUACGAACGGAUUGAAGGCAGAUUGGAUUUGUUUGCUGGCAAAUACUUCUCAAGGUUCUGCACACAAGAACAAGUCUCUAAUUUGUGUUCCGAUGAAUUCUAAAGGAAUAUCUCGGACCAAGAUUCAUAAACUCGGCUGGAACUCUUCAGACACUGCUCAACUUUUCUUUGAGGAUGUCCGCGUCCCUGCAAAGAACAUAAUUGGCGAUGAAGGAAGUGGGUUCAUGUACCAAAUGCUACAGUUUCAAGAAGAACGCCUUUGCAUGGCGCUGGUCACCUUGAGAGCCCUGGACAAAGCGAUUAGCGACACAAUUGAGUACACUCGGCAGCGUCAGGCCUUUGGAAGAUCGAUAUUAGAUAAUCAAGUUGUCCAUUUUCGCCUGGCUGAGCUAGCAACAGAAAUUGAAGCAUUACGAGCACUUACCUACCGAUCUGUGGAGAUGAUGGUGAACGGGGAAAAUGUGACACGGACAGCAUCGAUGGUGAAAUUAAAGGCUGGAAGGCUCUCUCGAUUGACAGCAGACAGUUGCCUGCAAUUCUUUGGGGGAAUGGGUUACACCCGAGACGUGUUCAUCUCCAGAUUUUUCAGGGAUGGAAGGCUAACCUCGAUAGGCGGAGGGGCUGAUGAGAUUAUGCUGGAAAUCAUCACAAGAGUUUUGAACAUUGCCGAAAGGACCAAUAAGUGAUUUGGCAUGUGUACAUUAUGAUUAUUUAUAUUUUGUGGUACGUAAACUUGCCAUAUUUUAAAAAUAAACCAACAUAAUUUAUCAACCGAAA